AUGGCGACAACGAACGAGCUCGGGUCGAUACUCAAAUUUGACUCGGAAAUCGCGCUCAGAAUGCGUGACAGCGUCUCAAAAUCGCUCGACAAGAUGUUUGUCGGGCCUCGAGGCGCACUCACGCGCCUUCAUUACGACGCCGGGGACGCUCACGGUUGGCUGGGACAGGUCGAGGGGCGGAAGCUCUUCGUGUUUUAUCCGCCCAGCGCGUCGCCGAUGCUUUAUCCGAUUGAAGACUCGCACGCCAGCGUCGAUCCACUGGAGCCAGACUACGAUCGAUUUCCACUAUUUCGCGAAGCGCAAUCGCGCGCGCGAGUGUGCGUGCUGAAUCCGGGAGAAGUCGUACUGUGUCCUCGACGAUGGUGGCACUACGCCGUGGCCCUGGACACUAGCGUCACGGUUAUGAGGAAUUGGUACAACGUCAAUACCAACGCCCAGGCGUUGGUCGAGCAGAUAUGCUCCACGAUUAAACAAACAGUAGACAAUAGAGCGAAAGGAUCCGUGCCUCGAAACGAAGCGUCUCGAUGA